UCCAUACAACUAUAUGAUUCCUUUACUAGACCAAGAAAUCUAACAUCAAAUUCCUUUCCUCCAUACCAUCUUCAAAUCCAAAUAAGAAAAAGAAUCUGAAAAGCAAAUCAAUCAAAGCCAUUUAAUCAUCAAGAAUGUCUUAUAAUUUCUACUUCUUCUUGAUUUUUGUUUUCUUGAUUUCACUUCAACCAAAUAUUUCCACCACAUCAUCAAUUGAUCUCAUCCAAAAAACAUGUAAGAACACAAAAUACUAUGAUCUUUGUGUAUCCUCUCUCAAAUCUGAUUCCACAAGUCUCAAAGCAGACACAAAAGGCUUAGCAACCAUAAUGAUCAAAGUUGGAAUGGCCAAUGCCACAGCCACAAAUUCUUUUCUUUCUUCAAAAUUAGUACUUAACACUACUAAUUACACAAAUAAUGAUGUGGUAUUAAUGAAGAAACUCCUCAAGGAUUGUGCUGAUAAGUAUGCAUUAGCCACAAAUGCACUUCAAGAUUCACUUCAAGAUAUGAAUAAUGAAGUUUAUGACUAUGCUUAUAUGCAUGUUAUGGCUGCUGCUGAUUACCCUAAUGUUUGUCACAAUGGGUUUAGGAGGAAUCCAGGAUUGGCUUAUCCUCCUCAACUUGCUAUUAGGGAAGAUGGAUUUAAGCAUAUUUGUGAUGUGGUUUUAGGUAUUCUUGAUGCUCUUGGAUGGUGAUAUAUUUUUUUUCUUCUUUUCCUUUUUCAUGGGGUUUAAUUUUUUUUAUUUUUUUUUCAUGUGAUAUGAAAUGUAAACUUUUGUGUUAUUGUAUUAUGUGUUUGGGUGGUCUUUGUAAGAAAUGAGGAUUCGAAUGGUGCCCUUGUUUAUUCA